CAUCAAGACAACAACCUGAGCACGCAGGCUUCGUGUUCCAUUCCGGACGCUGUACCGUUCUUGUGCGUGAUAGCUGUGUUAGCGUCAAUUUUCGUGUUUGUUCGUGAGCGUUAGCGAUCAAAACCGUGACUUUCGAGUGCGAGUGCUUUUUCUAACAGGUGUUAGACGACGCAGGCAUUGCUACAGAUGCGGCCGGGCACAUCAUAAGGCGCUGCCGCGGCGAAGUCUCAUGCUUUUGCGGUCCGCUGCUGUUGCUGCUGCUGAUAGCGUCGUUUGACGGUGCUGCGUAUCAUCAUCGGCUUGAUGACCGACAAUCAGGAUUUGAGCUUUGCCGUCAGCGCUGUGAACGCUGUGGGAGCCGUGAGACCACCCGAAGCUCUGAUGGCGGUGUCGGGUACGAACGGCGGACUGGAUGCGCCGAACGUGUGCCGAGACUUCCUACGCAAGGUGUGUCACAGAGGCAGUCGCUGCAAGUUUGUGCAUCCUGAGGGACUAGACAACGAUGAUGCCCGCGGCACCAUGGAGCCUGUCUUCUGCCAUGAUUACCAGAACUCCGAGUGUCUGCGACCAAACUGCAAAUUCCUGCACUGCACUCGUCAGGAGGAAGAACUGUUCCGCACAACGGGGCGUCUGCCGCCCUCUGCCGGGGGUGUGUCUGAGCCACCACAGGUGGUGGGCAUGAUCCCGCCUGUCUGCAAAGAUUUCCUGAAGGGAGACUGCCGCCGCGCAGGCCGCUGCAAGUUCCGACACCUAGGAGAGGAGGAACCCGAGGCCAAGCGACGGGCCUUGGAUGACGAGAUGGGCUAUCGUGUGCUGCAGCAAGAGAAUGCCAUCUUGCGCCGCAAGGUGGAUGACUUGAAGAAGCAGGUGGCUGACCUGAUGGCCACCAACGAGUUUCUGCUGGACCAGAACGCAGCUUUGCGGCUGAGCAAGCAGGCACCCGCUGGUACCCAGCCGCUGGGUGUGAUCCCAACAGCGGCUGCGUUGGGGCCCGUGGCACCACUGGGUGGCACAGCCGACCUGACUUCCACACCACAGAGCAUGACACCCAUGAUGCCCGUGGUGCCAGUGUCCAUAUCAUCCAGCUUGCCAGCCUCCCUGUCACAGAGCCUUGCACAAACCAUAAUCACCAUGAGCAGCCCAUCAGCGCCACUGGUUUCCUACCCUGUCAUGACUCAAAGCCUGCGCCCAGUCAUUGCCCACCGCAUGACUCACUAGGCCCAUCCCAGGUGGCAACCAUACUCCCAAUCUCUCUUGCACUGGUCUGGAUUGUGUGAAGGGCAUGCCUCUUAAGUGAAGCAUGUGGCGAUGCAGUGACUGAAGCUGCACGUCCUAGUGCAACACCACCAUCUAGCUUUGAGACGUCACAUCUUGUUGGUACGGACAUUCUGCUGCUGGAUGGCAGCUGUAUUUGAUGCCAUUAGUUUUUCUGCUGUGGUGAUGCCCGCACAAAAUCCUGACAAGCGACAUGGAGAUCAUUUCCCCACCCCCCUCCAGUUCACCCCAAGUCCCCUGGAUACAAACCAUUCCUUUUCGGUUUGCGUGGCAUGGACUCGUGUUUCAACUCACCAGCUCUCCUGCUGCCUUAGUUGUGUCUGACACCAAGUUAAGGUGGGAAGCUGUACGAUGAUUAUUGCGAGACCUGGUGUAAAUGUUGCAAGUGCGUGGCUUCAAAGAGAACCAAAUGUGUUCUUGUACUGCUGGCUAAAAAAAAAAAAAAAUAUUAUUGCCAACAUUCUAAACAGUGGGUGAAAUGUCGGUGUGAAACUUCGCUUAAAUCUGACACUUUCUCUUAUUUUGUUCUUGUUUUUCUUUUUUUCGUAGGUGUGAUGCAUUCUUGGCUUUCUGUCUGGUUCCACAUAUUUUUAUAAGCAUGUUGAAUUUCCUCAUGGUGCUCUGUUGUUGCACACUGGUACAAUCACUGACAUGCAUUAUUGCUGCUGCUUUCAAACGUACAUUCUACUCUUCAUUGUUUCAUGCUUCUGUCAUGUUUCACAUUGGACACUUUUGUCACUGCAGUUCAACAAACUAUAUUCUGACAAACCAUCACAACAGGAGCACAGCAACAUUAUUGAAUUGUCAGUGCUGCUUCACAUCUUGCACCGUUCUGUGUACAUUCAGAAAAAAAAUAUUGAAAUAUGCUCUUUUCUUAGUCCUGUA